AAAAGAGCAACGAAGAAUCAAAUCUAUUUCAAAGUUGGUAACAAAAGACAUCCGGACAACUUGACUUUUUUUUUUUUUUAAGUGGUUUAGGCAGCUAGGCCUUUCCCCCGUGCCUUGCACAGCGAACUCCACCCUCUGAGAGCUUUUACACAACCGCAGUCCCACGCUUGCCGGUCCGGAGCGCACAAACUUCCCCAGACUUGGGGACUCGAGUGGAGUUGCACAACACACAGCUGCAUCUGCAAGCUUCUGCUCUGCCUGCCGCCCACAUCCCUGAGGCACAGACCCUCGCGCACGCGCACUCCUCAAGCCCGCGGGCAGGUCCCCACCCCUUCCGUUGUCACGCCCCCAGCCACGCCCCUCCAGGUACGCGUGCGCCGCGGGCCCGCCCCCGCCGCUCUCGGCGGUGCUCGGCGGUCUCUCGCGAGCUGCGGUCGCCUCCUCAGAGCAGCAGGCUGGCUGGAGCGAGCGGUCUCACUCUUCCUCGCGCUCUUCCUCAGUGGCCCGGCCGGGCGGCCAUGGCGGCGCGGCGGCGGCCCGCGGCUGGCGUGGGAGCCCGGGACGCGCUCGCGGUGCUUGCGCUGGCCUUGUGUGCUCCCGGGGUGGGCGGCGGGGCACUCGAGUGGUACUCCGCCACGGUGAGCAUCGAGUACGUGGACCCGCAGUCGAACCUGACGGUGUGGAGCGUGACCGAGAGCGGCCGCUUCGGCGACAGCUCGCUCAGGGAGGAGAGGCAGGGCCUGGUGGGCGUCCCGCGCGCUCCCGCGGAUGCGGAGGGCUGCGCGCCCGACACGCGCUUCGUGGCGCCCGGCGCCCUCGGCAACGCGCCCUGGGUGGCGCUGGUGGCGCGAGGCGGCUGCACCUUCAAGGACAAGGUGCUGGCGGCGGCGCGGAGGAACGCCUCGGCCGUGGUGGUCUACAACCAGGAGCGCUACGGGAACGCCACCGAGCCCAUGUCCCACGCGGGAACAGGCAGCAUAGUCGUCAUCAUGAUUAGCUACCCAAAAGGACGGGAGAUUUCUGAUCUGGUGCAAAAAGGAAUUCCAGUAAAAAUGAGGAUAGAGAUUGGUACUCGUCAUAUGCAGGAGUUCAUCAGCGGUCAGUCUGUGGUGUUUGUGGCCAUUGCCUUCAUCACGAUGAUGAUUAUCUCAUUAGCAUGGCUAAUAUUCUAUUAUAUACAGCGUUUCCUAUAUACUGGCUCACAGUUUGGAAGUCAGAAUCAUAGAAAGGAAACUAAGAAGGUUAUUGGCCAGCUUCCACUACACACUGUGAAGCAUGGAGAGAAGGGAAUCGAUGUUGAUGCUGAGAAUUGUGCAGUGUGUAUUGAAAACUUUAAAGUCAAAGAUGUUAUCAGAAUCCUGCCAUGCAAGCAUAUUUUUCAUAGAAUAUGCAUUGACCCAUGGCUUUUGGAUCACCGAACGUGUCCAAUGUGUAAACUUGAUGUCAUCAAAGCCCUGGGAUAUUGGGGGGACCCUGAAGAUGCACAGGACCUACCCAUCCCAGAAGCUGCCCCAGGAAGUGUUUCUGUUGGGAAUCUGAGUGUGACAGUCCAAGAUGAGGAGAGGAGUGAAAGCAACCUUCCAUCAUCUUCCUCAAGCGAGUUUGGGCCACACCGCCCUUGUCUUAAAGAAGAUGCAGAGGAGGACACAGCAUUGCUAGGAGCCGGCAGGAGUGACCCUCAGCAUGGAGGAUCCAUCUGCUAGUGCCGUCUUCAUUGACAGCCUCACCGACAGAGCCUUGGCUUGAAUACAGGACACUCAGUUUUCACUCUAGGGCAUAGUUUGUACACUUGAAAACAGUGGAUUCUAUUUUACUUUACCUUUCAGAUUCAGGUUUGAUAUACAAAGGGCUGAGAUAUUUUAUUCCUAAAAGACUUUAAUUAGCCUUCAUCUAUUUAUCUACUAAAGUAUGAUGUCUAUCAUAAAUUUCAUUGUAUCAAACUGUCACAGAUGUAUGUGGAGGGGUUGUUUCUGAGUACUAGACUAGCUUCUGUGGUACUAUAAAACAAGAUUCUGUUUCUCAGGCCUUUUAGACAAAGCUCACUCAGUGGAAUUGUGAAAUGUAGUUCCUUAUUGAUCAAUGAACUUUCCCUGAAGCAGACUCUAGAACCUGUAAAGUGAGAAAUCUUGCCAUGGGCAGUGGUACACACCUGCAAACUCAGGAGGCCGAGGCAAGAGGAUCUUGACUUCAAGCCUACCCUGGGCUACGUAGCAAGACUGCUACGUAAAGGGAGAGAGAAAUCAGCUGUCUUGCACUAUAUUGUCUAUAGAAACUUUAGAACCAUGCAUACCUUUUUAUUAUGUGGGAUUGUGAAAAGAACACUAGAUGAUUUUAUGAUUUGCAUUUUUACCUUUAUUGCCUAAUUUCUUUUCACACUUGGAAAGAGAAGGGAAUUUAUCCAUUUUUUUCUACAAAUUAAAAAAAAACCUGGCAAAAAUGCCAUAUUGCAUGUUAAAAAGUAUUAAAAUAGUGAUUCAUUAAGAAAAUCAAGUAGGCAUACUGUAAUGUCUCUAAAUGAUUAGUAUAUUUUGGUGGAUUUAAUCUUUACAAUUAAAAAUAUGUAAUUAAAAGUUUGAUCUUGUUGUUAAACUAAAAUAACAUUUUCCUAAUGAGAUUUUAAGCCGAUUCAAUACUGUGACCUUUUGUCCUUCUUUCCUAUUUGAUGUUCCCACAGGUGACGUCUUUGAGGACUGUCGUCUGAGUUCUAUAUAGUGCUUAGAUACACACUUAUGAACUAGGAGUCCUUGUUGUUGAUUCUAAACUUGUGUUUUAUGUCUACUUUGUAGACAAAAAUAAAUGCUUACUGACAAUUUUUCUAUGUAACAAAUUUUAUUUAGCAUAGUCAGCCCUAACAUUCAGCACAAAAAUUUUACAGAGGAUAGAAAAGAAAGUGCAUUAAUAAAAGCUAGUCUUGGGCCAGAGAGAUGGCUCAGUGGUUAAGAGCACUGAAUGUUCUAGAGGUUCAGAGUUCAAUUCCCAGCAACCACGUGGUGGCUCACAACCAUCUGUAAUGGGAUCUGAUGCCCUCUUCUGGUGCGUCUGAAGACUGCUACAGUGAUAUAUAUAUAUCUUAAAAAAAUCUAGUCUUUACGCAAAGGAAAAUAUGUUCUUGAUCGAAAUAUUUUACACUUCAGUGAUAAACUGAGAAUGCUUUUUCUUUAAGUUUAUUUUACGUAUAUGGGCACUUUGUCUGUGUGUACAUUUGUGAGUCAUCUAAAUGCCAUUAAAUGCCGUUAGCCAGGGGUGGCCAGAAGAGGCUAUGUAUCAGAUCUGCUGGCACUGGAGUUACAGAGGCUUGUGAACUGCCUUGUGGGUACUAGGUAUUAAACCUGAAUUCUCUGGGCUAGCCACUGAACUAUCUCUCCAGCCCAAAAGAGAAUGCUGUAAGAAGUUGGUUUCUGGCUGACAGCAGAAGUAGAGGUCACUGACCCAUGGUCUGUCUUGCUCUUUGCAUUAAUGCCCUCAGCUAGAACUGCCUCCAGGACAGGAGACAGACAUGAGUCAGGAACACAUCCAGGUCUGUCACUCUGCCCGUGAAAGCUUCUGCCAAGUAAAAGAUGUGUGCCAUGGAGUUAGGAAGAACUUCAUAAUCAUUCUCAGAUCUAUUUUCCAUCUUCUCCAGGGCAAAACUUAGUCCUUUGUCUUUCUUCACAAGUUCUGUUUCUAUGUCAGCUACUUCUUGGUUUAAAUGGGACCAUUCCUUCUAGUUUCCAGUAAUCUGUUUUGGUGAUUCUUUGUUUCAAGGCAUUGAGCCCUGACUAGCUGUGAUCCAUUUUUUCCAUCUGCCAUCUUUUUGUCACUGGCUACUUAGAGCUGCUCAGAUUGUGUCCUCACUGAUUGUUCCGUCUCCUCUGGGACCAACAGUAGUCACGGGAGCCUUGAAAGGGUACUGAGAACUUUUGGCAGUGUAUGGAGCACCUGGUGUAAGGAUAACCAGUGUAACUACUGGGGUUUGAGAGGGAGGUAUCCAGACACAUAUAAAGAGGUUCCAUUUUGCACACGUAGCAUAGGGGAGGUCUUUAGUGGGUUGGUUCCCUGGAACAGCCAUCAUUAAAAAAGCAGGUCCAGUACAACUUUGAGGUUUUUGUGUAGAGUAAUAAGGGCAGUUUCAUGGUGUGUGUCUCUAUUUGUGUGGACAACAUCUCUUAGAGCUGGUUCUGAGACAUCACCAUGGUACCCAUAUACCGUCUUCACAGGCAGAGAAAGCAUCAGCAUCAAGGGCUUGUCUCCAGAAAAUUGCAGAAAGUAUCCCAACUGGAAGCCAGCACCAAGAAAAUACAACUUUAAAGGCUAAGUUUAUCCUUAGAGCCCUUCUUAAGACAUAAUAUUUGAUAAAGUGUCUUACCAAGCUGUUUUUCUCCAGUUUGAUUUUUAGCUGCUCCAUAGUAAAAUACGUGGUGAGUUUUACUGAAAGAAAUGUACAACCAGAUGACUAUAAUCCGCUGUUGAUGUAGAAAAUCAUACUUUGAACACUUUUUGGAGUCUCAAAGUUGGCUUUAUAAGUUAGCACCAAACCUGUGUUCAGUGCAAGUAGGAAAGCAUGAAUUUGGCAUGUUAGUGCUUUGUUUUUUUAAGACAUAACAGGGAAAAUGCUAUAACCAUUCUAACAGCCGAUGAGGCUUGCUUUUACAAAAGGAUCUUGUGAUCGAGCAAGGUAAGAUGGUUUUAAUCAUUUAGUCAUUACAGAAAAAAAAAUUUUUUAAGGCAGGAUCUGUUUAAUCUGAGUUUGAACUCACCAUCCUUGUGCCUCAGCCUUCCCAGUGGUGAGAUCACUUCUGACUAAACGGUGAUGUGAAGAUUGGAGGUUGUUUGCUGUGGUUCCCGCUUUCCUGGCUUUCGCCCAGCAGUACUGACUUUAGUUCUCCCAGCAGAGAACUGGAACAGUCACCACACUCUACAGGUAAUUGUCUCUCACAUGCUUGAUUAACUGGGAUCUUGAACCUUUCUUCCCACUGACUGCUUCCCAAGGCUGCUGAGGAAUGAUGACAAUAAAAGGCCGAAUUGCAGUGUCUCCAUCAACAGUUUGCUCUCCGUGUGGGCACACGAUGACAAAACCUCCUGAAGCGAGUCACUGUCUGACCUCAGUAGUGCCAGUGUGGAAGCUUCCUGCCUGUGCUGAACUUCCCAAGUGUGGGGUGGGGGUGGGGGUGGCAGGAAAGCCUUCCUAUGCUAAGAAAAACAAUCAGGGUCUUAGAUUAGCUACGCUGACCAAGCAGUGUCAGUGUAACUUUAGAACACUUAUCAAAUCAAGGACUGCUAGAAUUGUAAACGCAACAGUAGCCCUUCUAGAACAAGAUAGCUAAAUAUGGCAGCAAUUUCCUUGGAGAAAGUUGAUGUUGUUUGCUCAAGAAAGGACGAAGUUUAAUCAGUGUGUAUCUAUUAUUAUCGAGAACUUGAGGACAUUUAGACAAAAGCAGUUUUACAGAUCAGGAAAACACUGUUCCACCAUGUCUGUCCUAAGCACCAGAUGUGGGCCUGAAGUAAAAUCAAUGCGGUAAAAUACAAUGUUGUGCUUUUAUGAUUCAACACAUUAGAAAAGCUACCUUUGCCUUUUCCAGCUCAGUCUUGCCUCUAAAACCAGAAACAUUGGUCAACAUUUCAUUUCCAAAAAUAGUAUUUGCAUCACUCAUUAUAGUGAGGUCUCUGCCAUGAACCCACUUGCCUCCUCCUAUAGCAAAGUGUAGAACAAAACCAUGAGUUGAAGUUAUGAGGAACAGAGUCCAUUUUCUGUGGGCCCAUUUUAGUUACAAAUCUCAAGCUUUAGUAAAUCUUGGAUUAUGCCUAAUAUAGACGAUAGUAACAAGAAAAAAAAAACCAUCAGAAUGAAAUCAGCAGUAAGCAGUUGCUAAGAUUUGAUGAACAUGGUAAACGUUUUUCUUAAUUACUAAUUUCUCAGAUAUCCUUUGUUACUAAGAGCUAUUCAAAAUGUUACAUAGAUUGUAAGACUCAGAAACACAACUAAUUACUAUAGAAAUGUUACCUAAAAUAUAUAAAGCUUGCUACCUAAAGUGUAAAUAGAACAUACCCUAUAGACUAAGUGGUCUUCCGUACAUUGCUUUAUUAAGUCAGUAAUAAUUAUUUAAGUGGUUGUAUUUUGGUAUUUUAAAAAGUUGUACUCUUAAAAUGUUACUGAUUAGUGUUCUUUCUUUGAACAGGUGAUUUGAAGACUUAAGUUGGAUUAAAAACUUUGAAGUUACCUAACCUAUAUUAAACUCAUUCAAUUAUACUUAAAA